ACUUGCUUUUCAUUAGAUUUAAUACAAACAAAUGAAUUAACUAGUUGUAUUUUUUUCGAAAUGGAUAAUUUAAUGCAAAGAACCAGCAUGAUAAACCAGGGGCGGGGGAAGUUUUUCAGAACAGAGGUUAGACAGGUUAGACUAGCAAAAUACCCCCUCAGAUUAUCUAGGAAGCUUUUAGAAAUCUGACAGAAGUUCCCGGUGCUUAGUAAAUAUUUGGUAAAAAUAGGCUACCAUCCUAACACAGAAGAGUUCAGGUGAUUACAGUUGGAAAGAGAUUGAAUCAAAACUUCAGCAAAUGAAACUUACGCAGUGACAUAUGCUUCUUUGCAUCUGUUGACAAAACAGAGACAUUUAUUUUGAAAUCUCAAAGUCAGAACAUUAAAAGCAAACUAAAAUGGAUGUCUUCUUGUUUGGGAAGUUUCCUCCUUUCUUUCCCUUUAGGAGAACUUUUAUUAUAGCUAUUUAAUCCUUGUCAAAGAUUCAGACUAUCAAACAAUCCAUCUCGUUUCUGUCUACUUCUCAUUAAUUCUUUCUGGUGUAUUGGUGGUGGGCUCAAGUAUUCUAGAUUAAGAGAGAAAAGUGUAUUUUUGAGAAGAGUAAUUGCUCAAUAAGUCCGCAGUAGUCUUUAGACCUCUUGGUAUACUUGUUUCACUAUCAAGUUAAAGAAAGGAAUACUUCAGGCGAUGUAUGAAGGAGAAGAGGUUCUCAAAAUCUCACAAUUUCCAAUUUGUAAUUUCAUGUAAGUAUUUUCUGAAUGCUUGCUUUAACACACUGUGUUCUGUUCUUUCUCUUCAGUUUGCUUUCUGCAGCACGUGAAAGACAGGAGGUGAUCUUUAACUCAUUCUGGUAACCCAUGAACCAGAUUCCUUCUCUGUCUUCUUUUCUCAGGAUUCAUUUUUCUGUAUCCAACUGGUAAAUCUGGUGUCUACUAAAUCAGACUUACACUUCGGUUACCACGAUUGGUACUACUGUUGAGUUGUGACCUGUAUGGCAGCGUUGUUUACCUGAAGACCUCACAUAGGCACAGUGAUGAGGGGUGAAUGACUGUUCCCACUCCAUAAGGAAAAGCACUGAACAAGGCUUUUGUUUGCCAGAGAGGGUACAACAGUCCUCUUAAAUCACCCGUUGAAUCAGCAUGUCAAUUACAGACGUUGUGAAACCCACUGCUUUGUGAACACCAAAUGAUUUAGGGUUGCUGUGUUUGUUACAGGGGAUGCUACAAGCCUAUCUAUUUCUAAAGGUGGGGAAUUGAAAGGCAGGGCUUUUCAGGUGUCUUGCAUUUUCAGCUAGGGCUGCAAGUCGGUAACCUUGCAUCAUCUGGCCACAUCUCAGAAGAAAUCCAGGAGGUUAGAUGAGCCUUCAGUCCAUGUCAAAGGGCAAAUAAAACGCGUCAGCUUUAGCACCUUUAGUUGAUAUUCCGUGUAUGUAUGUUCUGUGCUGUAUUUGCUGUGCUCUGAUAGCAUUCACACAGUUACUGUAGGUUAAUGGGUGUAGAGUAACUCACUAAGCCAUAACAAAACUGUUAGCUUUUUGGGGCAAAACACUCAGGUGUGGCUCCCGGUUAAGCUCUUCAGGCACUAAAUGAUAGCCUGUCUUUAGAAACACAAAUUCAUUAGACUCAAAGAAGGAUUUAGUCUCUUUUGUGUGUAUUUGUAUUCAACCUUGAGGAGGAAAGUAGGCAAGCCCUCAAUUAUACUAUCUAAACUUGGCUAAAAGCUCAUGCAGGAAGUUAAUUGAAUACAUACCUACCUCCUGGCAUUAAAGCACAGCAACAAUUUGACAUAGCAUUAACCAUUUUCUGAUGUUUUUCUCUGGUGCUGAAGAUGAAUCAUUGUGGUACUCAAGCCCCUGUCUGGUUGUCUCUGAGAGAGUCAGAAUCCAUGCCUCGACCUGGUGAGAUGAAACAGUUAACAGCUUGUGCUACAUGGCAGUUUUUCUUCAGCACUUCAAAAGACUGCUGUCUUUUCCGAAUCCCUGUCAGUGUGAGGAACUGCGGAGAUUUCUUUGUUUACUUACUGCAGCCCACCCAAGGAUGCAUGGGGUAUUGUGCAGAAGUUGUUUCAGAUGGAAAGCCAGAGACCUGUGAUCCUGAGGGAAUGGAAAUUCAAGGUGUCUGUAGCAGUAACCUGACUCCUACACCAUCUCCAUCUGUGUCACCACCACUACCAGCUGUUCCUGAAGUUGUAGCAGAGUUAAUCAAAGGCAGCAUUUACCUGAGGUGUACCUUUGGCGUUCCUUUUGCAAACAACUCAGUCGGAUUCAUUGUAACUUGGUCAAGACUUUCUCCUGAAGGUAUCAAAGAAGAACUGAAACAUGAAACAGCAGUUCGUAUGUUCUCACUUCUAGAACUAGAUGGGAUAAACGUCAGACUUGGAGACAGAGUCUACUGUAGCAGUUCUGCUUUUUUCAUGGAGAAGCCAGAUAUACAAAGCUCUUCCAUUGAGAGCAAGGAAUUUUUUGCUGGCAUCAAGAUACUUCCAGAAACAUAUGAUAUAUCAGAAGAUGGGAAGGAAUACAGACUGGCAAUAGAAAGUAGCAUUCCUAUUCCUUGUCCUGAGUUUAGCCAGCUUGAAAGUGACUGCAAAAUCUCACUAACAUUAAAUAGUGUUGAUGAGGGUAAAGAGCAGUUAGGUUUAAACUUGGCUCUUUCUUCUUGUCAUGUGGAUCUUCUCCAGAAACCCUGCAAUAACGGGAUCUGUAGUCAAGCUGUAAUUUAUUUCACUGCUGUGACAGACUUUGUGCAGGAUGGAGACAGAAUUACCAGAAUUGCAGUCGAACCUAUAUCCAGUGAGAAUUUCCUGUGGAAUGGCUAUGUUCCAGAAAGUGCACAGAUUACAGUAAAGGAUCUGCCCACUGCUUACUGCUACUCAUUUACUGACCCUCAUAUAAUUACAUUUGAUGGAAGACUUUAUGACAAUUUUAAAACAGGAACAUUUGUUCUCUAUAAGAGUACGUCUCGAGAUUUUGAAGUACAUGUUCGCCAGUGGGACUGUGGAAGUCUUCACUAUCCAGCAUCCUGUAACUGUGGCUUUGUUGCCAAAGAAGGAAGUGAUAUAAUUGCAUUUGACAUGUGCAGUGGUCAGCCAGAUGAGUCACAGCCACACUUAUCUGUAAUAAAUAGAGACACAACAGGAAGCAAUGUCAGAAUCACUGAAUCCUACCUAGGAAGAAAAGUAACAGUUUUGUUUUCUUCUGGAGCUUUUGUUCGUGCUGAUGUGAGUGAAUGGGGAAUGAGCAUAACACUUAGGGCACCCAGUUCAGAUUACAGACAUACAGUGGGACUCUGUGGCACCUUUGAUGGAAUUGCAGAGAAUGACUAUCACACUGCAAGCGGGGUGGAAAUCCCAAACCAAGCUAAUGUUCCUUUUUCUUUUAUUAAGGAAUGGAGAAUUUCACCAGGAGAUAGCUUGUUUGACAAGACACCUGCUUCUUUAACAUCUUCUAGAAAAAUAGCCUUCUGUGACUGCGCACUUGAAGAUGCUGGAUUACAUGGAUCAGUGAAUAAAUUAGAGAUAGCUCCUCAGUCAGAGCUUCCUCUAUCUUGUAAAGAAAGUAAAAAUGGUAGAUUUCUUUCUUUGAUACCGGGACUGGACAUCACUGCUGAGUAUCUUGGUCCUAUUGAUCUUGUCAGAGGCUUAAAGAAACGUUCGUCUGCACUUGAAACGGAUUCAUCUACACUUCUGCAGAGGAAGGAUAAUCAAACCAAACUUCACCAAACAUCACUAGUAAACACACGUGUCUCUGCAACCUCAGUGGGAAAUACUGGUAGAGAAAGAGAAGGAACUUCAAGCUCAGACAUUAAAAGAAAUUUUCACCCUUAUAGUAGGCAUCUUCACAAAAGUCAAUCUGUUACAAGUAGGAGGAAGCGUCAAAAUUACUACGAAUACCAUCCAGUAUUUCUGUUCCAAAGUCUUAGUCAAACAGACUUAGAGGGUUAUAGUUAUUUUUUCCCAGAGGACCAUACCACUGACACAGACCAGAAGUUUCUUCCUUCUUGGCCCACACCUUCUGGCCUCACCAAGUCUGAUGCUUUUUUACUAUGCCAGCAGGCAAUAGCUAAUUCCAGUAUAGGAAGAUCUUGUGGUGGCUUUCUUGGCCGGCGAAUAGAGGAUGCAAUCAAUAUGUGUGUUAAAGAUUUGCUGCUGAAAGAUGACCUCAGUUGGGCAGAAGCUUCCUUAGCCCUUCUAGAGAAUGAAUGUGAGAAAAGAGUUUUAGAAGAAAUAAAUUACAACCAACAGGAAUUUGAAGGGUUGGUUGAGAGUCUGCUUGCUGCACUGAAGUGUCCCAGUCUCUGCAGUGGCAACGGGGAAUGUACAGAAUGGGGCUGUGCAUGUUUUCAAGGCUACAGCUCAUAUGACUGCAGCAUGCUGUCUGAUCAGGCUCCAGAAAUUACAGAGCUAGAGAAUGCUGGGCUCUGCAAUAUUCGACAGUACGACUGCGCAUCAGUGAGAGCUUUUGGACGUGGCUUCAGGGAGUCAUUGAAUCUGAAAUGUGAAAUUACCAGAUUACAGUAUAUUGAUAGACAAUGGAUUCCUGGAGAACCUCUAACUAUACCAGCUGCCUUCCAAAAUGCCAGGACUGUCGACUGCCAGUUACCAAAUGAUGGCCAGCAGUCUGAUGUCAUGGAUCUAGUUGAUGAUAAACCCAUUGCCAGGUGGCAAAUAAAGAUUUCUAAUGACGGAAUCAUUUAUAGCAACUCUAAAACAAUGAUUUUAUAUGAUGGAGCCUGUCAGACAUGUGAACCACAAGAAUCUGGGUUAUGUAUAUUAAAGGAGAAAACAUGCAACAUAGAUGGACUCUGUUAUGGUGAAGGUGACACAAAUCCAACCAGCCCUUGCUUACUCUGCAGACCUGACAUAUCAAAGUUAACUUGGUCAGUUGUUGAAAACAACCAGCCUCCAGUGCUUGAAACUUUCCAGGGUGCGCUACAGACUUUUUAUGGAGAAGAUUUUGUGUAUCAGUUUUUGGCUUCAGAUCCAGAGGGCUCUGCUAUUCAUUUCACAUUGGAUUCUGGUCCAGAAGGUGCCAGUCUUUCCCCAUCGGGUCUCCUUUUGUGGAAAGCUACAUCAAUGAAUCUCCAUAAAUUAACAUUUUCUUUGACAGAUGACUGCAAUGCAAAGACUAAGGUAGAAAUAGAGGUCAGCGUAAAAUCAUGUGAUUGCCUAAAUAAUGGCUCAUGUGUGACAAACAUUAAUUUCCCACCUGGAAGUGGAAGAUAUCUUUGUGUGUGUGUGGCUGGAUUUGAAGGUGAUCUCUGUCAAGUGAAUACUGAUGACUGUAAACUUAACCAUUGCGGUACUGGCAGAUGUGUGGAUGGAAUAAACAGCUAUUACUGUGAAUGUCCACCUGAACUUCAAGGUAAAAAUUGUCAAGAUGAUGUAGAUGAAUGUGUAUCCAAUCCUUGCUUCCCUGGAGUAUUUUGCUUCAAUACUUUUGGUUCUUACUAUUGUGGUCCAUGCCCAAAUAAUCUUCAAGGAGAUGGGAAGUCAUGUUACGAAAGCUUUGAAAACACCAAUGUUGAAAGAAAGGAUUCCACAGGAGAAAUUGGAGGGAAUAAAGGUUUUCAGCAAUCAUCCAUUGAGAAGUUUUUAAGCAUCUCAGGCUAUAUUCCAAGUUCUACAGAUGUCCCCGAGAGAUUUAGUUCUACAGAAAUGGUCAGUGGCAGCACUCUACCAGUCUCCAUGGUAAAAACAGUCACUGCUUGGAAGUCACCUUAUUCUCAGGGAAGUGCUUCUGUACAGCAUGUUGUUACUGCAAACAUUGCCCAUGCUCUCAGCACCAUCAGUGGUCACCUUGCUAACACAGAAGAGAGUUCUUCAGUACAUGCUGUGGUGACUGCAUCUUCAAGGAGCCAUGCUGUACCACCUGAGAAGAAAACAAGGGCACAAGUUGUGGCAUCCAGUUAUUUUGAGACCAGCAGGAAGACUUCUGCUGGCAGCAGAAAAAAUACAAGGAAAGGGCUUUCUUUGCCAAGGAAAGUAUUCAAAGGUGGAAAUGCUCACAGGGUUCAGCAUCAAUUAGCCAAGCAUAAAACAAGUCCUUUACCUUUUGUCCUUGUUGAAGUUACUGUCGCACCAAAAAUGCUUCCUGAAGAACUGAGUAAAAUGGUGAUUCCUAAAGCAGUAACCUGUACUGAUUUACCCUGUUUUCCUGGUGUACCUUGUGAGUCAAGUCAGGAUGGAAGCAUCAAGUGUGGUCAUUGUCCUUAUGGUUAUUACGGAGAUGGCUUCACUUGCAGAGCAAGAUGUAGACAAACAUGUGGCAAAAACAUGGAGUGUGUGGCACCUAAUAUUUGCAAAUGCAAACCUGGUUAUGCUGGUUAUAACUGUGAGGCUGCUCUAUGCAGGCCUGAUUGCAAAAACCAUGGGAAGUGCAUUAAGCCCAAUGUCUGUGAAUGUCUACCAGGAUACAGUGGCUCCACUUGUGAGGAAGCACAUUGUAAACCACCCUGUCAAAAUGGAGGCACGUGCUUGGCCAGAAAUCUCUGCACCUGUCCAUAUGGUUUUGUGGGACCAAGAUGUGAUACAAUGGUUUGCAACAGACACUGUGAAAAUGGUGGUGAGUGUCUUACUCCAGACAUCUGCCAGUGUAAACCUGGGUGGUAUGGACCUACAUGCAGUACAGCAAUGUGUGACCCUGUGUGUCUCAAUGGUGGUUCCUGCACUAAGCCAGAUGUUUGCCUCUGUCCACAUGGAUUCUUUGGUGCCCAGUGUCAGAAUGCUGUCUGCAGCCCCCCAUGUAAGAAUGGUGGUCAUUGCAUGAGAAAUAAUGUCUGCGCUUGUCGUGAUGGGUACACAGGCAGAAGAUGUGAAAAAAGUAUCUGUGAGCCAAGGUGCAUGAAUGGAGGAAGGUGCGUAGGGCCAAAUGUUUGCUCUUGUCCUUCAGGAUGGAGAGGAAAAAGAUGUAACACUCCAAUCUGUCUGCAGGAAUGUAAGAAUGGUGGGGAGUGUAUUGGACCAAGUACGUGCCAUUGUCCUCCGCAGUGGGAAGGAAUCCAGUGCCAAACACCGGUGUGCAACCAGAAGUGCCUGUUUGGAGGCAAGUGUGUAUCGCCUAACAUAUGCUCUUGUCGUCCUGGUUAUACUGGAGUCCUCUGUGGGAAGAAAAUUCAGGUACAAAGGCAUCAUGGUUGAAGAAGAGAAGUGUAUCAAUUAAUCUGCAGUGCUGCAUGGACGUAUGAGACUUGAAAAUCGCAGAAGGGUUGAAGGCAAUUACAGAGUUUAUUUAAAUGAAAGGAAUAUCCAGAAGCAUUAUUUUAAAAGAUGUGUAUUACAGCCAUGAAUUUUGAUGGGCUUCAAAACUACAGUCUUGUAGUCAUUAAAAUGUAUGUAUAUUUUUGUAAUUUUUUGCUACCUCAUGCACAAGCCCCACAGCUUCUGGUACUUCACGGAGCUCAGAGAUUUGAUGAAUGAUGCAAACUCAGAAUUCUGCAGUUUGUUGAUGUAGUCAGCUGGACUAUGAGAUUUCCUUUGUGGGAACAAGACUGUAAUAGCUGCCAAGUGGCUAGGAGAGAAGGCAGCAUUUGUGAAUAGUACCUUCUGUUUUUAAACAUUUAAACAUUGGCUGCAUACAGAAGAAAAAGCAGAACUUUUUUUCUUCUUUGUCUUUGCAUCGGUCUGUUCUAAUGACAAGUUAUGAGUGAGGAAGGAGGGGAACCUAAACCAAGGCUUGGCUACUACCAACGGAGGCAAGGUCGCACGUCCUGUUAACGGUCACCCAGGUGCAGAAUAAUUCAGGUUUAUCCAUGGCAAACCGUAGUAGCCUGGAGCCAGAUACCGACUCCCCUGUUCAGAGUUCCCCAUUACUUACGCUCACUUAGCUGAGUCACCAGCUACUGAACGAUUCCUGUGUCUGUAAGACUUUUAUGCCCCUCUUCUGAUAUGGCAUUCAGUAAUAUGAGGACAUUUUGUCCCUGAGUCUCUUAGAGAAAUUUAGAAAUGCUUUUAACCGUGCUGAAUCUUAAAAUAGGAACUAAUAAGAGGAGGAAUUUGCUGUACAUCAUGCCAUCUGUAUAUAUCAAAUCAGAAAGUAUUUGUAGAAGUGUCAUAGGAGUUUUUUUCUGUUACCUAUUGCUCCAGUGAACUGUUAGCACAUACCAGCUGCCAGAUAGUUUUUGAACAAAUAAAAUUCCAGUUUUUCUGAAAUUUCCUACAGAGCACCACCAUCUUCUUCCCCUAGAGCUGCAAAAGACAUUUCAGUUCCUGCUGCAACCAGCUGAGCUCUGGUAAUAGAUAGAAAUGUCUCUUUAGCUAACCCAUUGAAGUUUACUAUUUUGUUUUGGUUUUUUUAAAACCAAAAAUAAACGUCAUGACUUUCUGUUCUCCUGAGCAAUAUUCAAUUUGCAUACACUGAUUCCAAAUGGGAAGAAAACAGAGCUCAUUUUACCAUUUGCUGCCACUGUGGGGAUGCUGAUUGCCAAAUCAUAGCUGCUAGCAGCUCUGUGCCUAUAUUCUGCCUCACCUUUUGAUAGCCCUUUUAAGCUAUUUUGCCAAGUUAGCUGGCAUUUUGAGAGCUCAGCAUCAUUCCAGAAUGAUGGAUUUAAAAACUGUAAAAAAUGUUUUCAAUUUUCUGCUUGCAUUUUAAGUUUCCGUGUUUCUAUAGUUUCUUUCAAUCAAGUAUCAAAGUGGCUGAUAGAACAGUUCCCAGAAGAUAAGGCUGUUAUUUAAAACCUAUUCCACUUGGAACAGUUUCCUUUCUCACAACUCUGAAAAGAUCUCUGUGAACAAAACCUGACUAGCUAUUGGAAUGGAUGCCUCAGGAUGAUGUUUUGAAUACAGAAGGUUCUGAAAAUGGCUUUAAAGUGCAAACACCCCGGUAUCUGAAUCUCAGACUGUUGUAACCCCCCUUCCGCUUGUCAGUUACAGAGGUAUUGUGCCAGAGGAGAGGUGACAUCUGCCAGGAACACUGUUAAUAGUACUUUGGUUAAUGAGUUUGUGCAACCCUCCAUUCACAAAAUUGAAUCAAUAUACAUGUGCCUUUCUAGGAUUUCAGGCUGAA